UCAGACUUUGGGACUUCCGUCCAGUCACAGGGCCUUCUCAUCUACUUUAGGUCACUUUUCCGCUCUCAAAGGUAGGAUUCCAUUUUCAUUGUCGCGAUCAUAAUGGGGCUUGAGAUAGAGUCCAUGGCGACGGCAAUCGGCGUAUCGGUGCCGGUGCUCCGCUUCUUGUUGUGCUUCGUGGCAACAAUCCCGGUGAGCUUCGUAUGGCGGUUCAUGCCGGGCCCAGCUGCGAAGCACCUGUACGCCGCCGCCUCCGGGGCUUUUCUCUCCUAUCUUUCCUUCGGCGCUGCUUCCAUUCUUCUCUUCAUCUUUCCAAUGACUUUCGGCUACACUUCUAUGCUCCUUCUCCGACGCUAUGCUGGCAUGUUCACUUUUUUUGCCGGAUUUGCUUACCUCAUUGCAUGCCAUGUGUACUACAUGAGUGGGGAUGCAUGGAAGGAAGGUGGCAUUGAUGCAACUGGAGCAUUAAUGGUGCUGAUAUUAAAAGUCAUUUCAUGUGCUAUUAACUACAGCGAUGGGCUACUGAAAGAAGAGGGUUUAAGGGAGUCUCAAAAGAAAAAUCGACUAAUUCAUCGACCCACUAUAAUUGAAUAUAUUGGUUACUGUCUCUGUUGUGGAAGUCAUUUUGCAGGGCCCGUAUAUGAAAUGAAGGAAUACCUCGAAUGGACAGAGGGUGAAGGGAUAUGGUCAAGUUCAAAUGGUAAAUCAUCACCAUCACCUUACAGAGCAAUGUUCCGUGCUAUAGUCCAGGCUGCUUUGUGCAUGGGCAUCUACUUGUACCUUGUUCCGCAUUUCCCUCUUGCCCGAUUCAAUGAACCUACAUACUACCAGUGGGGUUUCUGGAAAAGGUUGUUUUACCAAUAUAUGUCAGGCUUUACUGCUCGUUGGAAGUACUAUUUUAUUUGGUCAAUCUCGGAAGCUUCAAUAAUCAUAUCUGGACUGGGAUUUUCUGGUUGGUCAGAUUCUUCUCCUCCCAGAUCACUCUGGCAGCGUGCUAAAAAUGUUGAUAUUCUUGGAGUUGAAUUAGCGACUAGUGCUGUUCAGUUGCCCUUGGUGUGGAACAUACAAGUCAGCACCUGGUUACGUCACUAUGUCUAUGACAGGCUCGUUCAGAAAGGAAAGAAAGCUGGAUUCCUUCAGCUGUUGGCUACACAGACUGUUAGUGCUGUUUGGCAUGGAUUGUAUCCUGGCUACAUCAUAUUCUUCAUUCAGUCGGCUCUAAUGAUUGCAGGUUCCCGAGUAAUUUACCGAUGGCAACAAGCUAUUUCACCAAGGAAUGCUUUGCUUAGCAAGAUUCUGACUUUAACCAACCUCUUUUACACGAUAAUUGUUUUGAACUACUCCUGCAUUGGGUUCCUGGUGCUGAGCAUGAGAGAAACACUUGCUGCCUACAAGAGUGUGUACUUCGUUGGCACCGUUGUUCCCAUCAUAUGUAUUCUACUGGGGAAGAUUAUCAAACCAGCCAGACAGGUUAGGGCUAAAGCUCAAAAGAACCAAUAAAAGUUCUUGCGGUGAUAUGAGAGAUGCCUUGCAGAUUCUGUUUAUCAGGUAGACCAAAUCCUUUUAAUGCGGCGUCAAACUGAUCCCUUUUGUUCAUCUGUUAUGUUCGUGUAGAAUGAAACGGCUAAGCUUGGCAUUUGAGCUUGAUUAGCAUUUUCUGAGCAGUGCGAAACCAUUUAUUUCUCUGAGCAAUGUUUGCUGUAUUCCUGAGUCUGAAUUUUAAAUUAGAGAAAUUGACAUACGGACCACACAAUUCUUUUCUAUUUACAUAUCUUGAACCUAAAUUUGCAUAUUUUCGUAUAUGUAACAUUGUAGUUCUUUAUACCUAUGCAUGAAAAGAUGUAUUUGACUUUUAAAAGUGGUAAUAGUGGUAUUUUUAUUUGAUAUUAAAGAUUGAAGUGUUAUGUAUGUUAAUAUGAAAGUUUAGGUGUGAGAUACAUAAAUACACGAGAAUUGUGUGCUCGGUGACCACUGACCGGAUCAAGGUCAUGAAAGCUCGCCCUGAUUUGUUUUUUUUUAACAAUUUAAAUCUUGGUUGUCCAUCCUAUUAUUGAAGUUGACCUGGGAACCUUAUUUUCAUCCA